AUGCCAUUUCAUAUUUGUAGUUCACUUGCUACAAAAUAUUCAUCAUUAGAAUAUCAAAAAAUUCAUGAACAUGAAUAUCAAAAAUUUUUAAAAACUCUUCAAAUAAAUAAAACUAAUUUAAUGAAUAUAUCAAAAGAAAAAUUGUAUAAAAAGAAUCAUUCCUUAUGUUAUUAUAAUAAUAAUUAUUUAUUUCAACGUCAAAUCAAUUUACAAUAUCGACAAGAUAAACGAAAAAUUCUAUAUGAGCAUAUUCAAAAAGAAAAUUUAAAAUUUAGUCAAAAAUUAAUUAAUGCUAAGGCUUUUCUUAAUCGUUAUGAACAAAAAUCAUUUUUUGAUAAACAUUGUAAAAUUAAACAACAAUUACAACGUUAUCCAGACUCAAUACGAAUUAAAACGAAAAAAACAAAUUUUCAAUUUUCAUCUAAUGAAAAUUUCAAAACUAUUAAUAAACCUGUUAAUUCAUCACUUUUAGUCUAUAAUAAUAAUCGAAAUCGAUUAUCUUAUAAAUCAAUUAAAUUACAAGAAAAACAUUCAAAAGAAUCAUCAUCUAAUAUAAAUAAACCUCAAAUAACUGAAAAAAAAUGCAUUUAUUCUAUAAAAAAUAAUUCAAAGUUUUCAAAAACACCUCCAUCGAUUACAUCAACUAUUCAAAAUGCAAAAAAAACAUCGAACAUUACAACCAUUGAAACAAAUCUAUUGGAAAAUGAAUCAUCACUCAUUCCGUCUACGGAUAAUAUUAUUAAUUGGAAAAUUUCAAGCGAUAUGGAAAAUCUUAAACAAAAAACAUCAUCAUUAAAAAUACAAUCUUCUAAAACUAUAUAUUCAUCUCAAUCUUCAUCAACAUCAGAAUCAAAUUUAUCCAAUCUGUAA